GACGGCGCGUGGGACGCACCUGUGCUCCUCUCGGGUCACCGCGUCGAGGCGCCGGGGGCUGCUUCGCCCGCAGGAUCUACGGGCCUGGAGAACGCCAAUGGGGAGAUCCAAAUGGUCGGGGACUCCGGCACUUUAAGAGGCUUUUCUCUGGGAAACACCCGGCCCCUCCGUGCGCCUUAUGAAUGGAAAUACUCCUCCCCCGGUCGAGCCCAUUUUCCCAUUUCACCAGGAGCCGCAGCUCGCUCUCUCCUUUCGGUCUCCCCGCCCACAUCCACGCGGGCAGCUCCAGGAGGGGACGGACAGGAAGCCUUUGGCCGCCCAUUAAAUCCCACCCAUUUCUCCGGGGGCGAUUUCCUAACCUUCCGGGACCGAAUUCUGCAAUUUGAUUUUCUUCCAAGAUCCGGUACUUGCAGGAAUAUCAUAAUCGAGUUCUCCACAACAUUUAUCCCGUGCCAUCAGGAACAGACAUCGCAAACACCCUGAAGUAUUUUUCCCAAACAUUGUUAAGCAUUUUGUCCCGCACAGGGAAGAAGGAAAACCAAGAUGCCUCCAAUUUGACAGUGCCCAUGACCAUGUGUCUUUUUCCUGUGCCAUUCCCACUCACCCCAUCUCUAAGACCGCAGGUCAGUUCCAUCAACCCUACUGUUACUCGCUCCCUCCUUUACAGCGUCCUGCGAGAUGCUCCUUCAGAACGCGGCCCGCAAAGUCGUGAUGCUCAGUUGUCAGACUACCCUUCUUUGGACUACCAAGGCCUCUACGUGACUUUGGUGACUCUCCUGGAUCUAGUUCCUUUACUACAGCAUGGCCAACACGAUCUUGGACAGUCAAUAUUUUAUACAACCACAUGUUUGCUACCCUUUCUCAAUGAUGAUGUUCUGAGCACUUUGCCCUAUACGAUGAUUUCAACGCUAGCUACCUUUCCUCCAUUUCUUCACAAGGAUAUUAUUGAAUACCUUAGCACAUCUUUUCUACCAAUGGCCAUAUUGGGCUCCUCCAGGAAAGAAGGCGUCCCAGCUCAUGUGAACCUCUCUGCGUCCGCCAUGCUAAUGAUUGCAAUGCAGUACACAUCUAAUCCAGUGUAUCAUUGUCAAUUAUUGGAAUGCCUCAUGAAAUAUAAGCAAGAAGUCUGGAAAGACCUUUUGUAUGUGAUUGCAUACGGGCCUUCACAGGUGAAACCCCCAGCGGUGCAGAUGCUUUUCCACUACUGGCCCAACCUAAAGCCUCCUGGGGCAAUAAGCGAGUACAGGGGGCUGCAGUACACAGCUUGGAAUCCCAUCCACUGCCAGCACAUCGAAUGCCACAAUGCAAUUAACAAGCCGGCUGUGAAGAUGUGUAUAGACCCUUCCUUAUCAGUGGCUUUGGGUGAUAAGCCACCUCCACUGUACCUCUGUGAAGAAUGCAGCGAGAGGAUUGCAGGGGACCACAGCGAGUGGCUGAUUGAUGUUCUCCUGCCACAAGCCGAAAUAUCUGCUAUAUGUCAAAAAAAGAACUGCAGCUCCCAUGUCAGAAGGGCGGUCGUCACCUGCUUUUCCGCAGGGUGCUGCGGUCGUCACGGAAACAGGCCAGUUAGGUACUGCAAAAGAUGCCACUCCAAUCACCACAAUAACGAGGUGGGGGCCGCCGCGGAGACGCACCUCUACCAGACCUCCCCACCCCCCAUCAACACGCGGGAGUGUGGGGCAGAGGAGCUGGUCUGCGCUGUGGAGGCUGUUAUCAGUUUGUUGAAAGAAGCGGAGUUCCACGCGGAGCAGAGGGAGCACGAGUUGAACCGGCGGCGGCAGCUGGGUCUCUCCUCCUCCCACCACUCCUUGGACAAUGCUGACUUUGAUAACAAGGACGAUGAUAAGCACGACCAGAGGCUGCUCAGUCAAUUCGGAAUAUGGUUCUUAGUGAGCCUCUGCACACCCAGUGAGAACACGCCCACAGAGAGCCUGGCCCGGCUGGUGGCCAUGGUAUUUCAGUGGUUCCAUUCCACGGCGUACAUGAUGGAUGAUGAAGUCGGAAGCUUAGUGGAAAAGCUAAAGCCCCAGUUCGUUACCAAGUGGUUGAAGACAGUAUGUGAUGUCCGCUUUGAUGUCAUGGUCAUGUGCCUUCUUCCCAAACCCAUGGAAUUCGCCAGGGUUGGCGGAUACUGGGACAAGUCCUGUAGCACCGUGACUCAGUUAAAGGAAGGGCUCAACAGGAUUCUCUGCCUGAUCCCCUACAAUGUCAUCAGCCAGUCCGUGUGGGAGUGCAUUAUGCCAGAAUGGCUGGAGGCCAUCCGGACGGAAGUCCCUGACAACCAGUUAAAGGAAUUCAGGGAAGUAUUAAGCAAAAUGUUUGACAUAGAGCUGUGUCCUCUGCCAUUUUCCAUGGAAGAGAUGUUUGGUUUUAUCAGCUGCCGGUUUACAGGAUACCCUUCCACGGUGCAGGAACAAGCCCUACUCUGGCUUCACGUAUUAUCGGAGUUAGAUAUCACGGUUCCACUUCAACUCUUGAUAAGUAUGUUUUCUGAUGGUGUUAAUUCUGUUAAAGAAUUGGCAAAUCAAAGAAAGUCAAGAACCAAUGAGCUGUCAGGGAACGCCGCAGCACGAAGGGUGAGUGUCGCCUCUGAUCCUGGUCGGUUCCAUAGCCCCUUCCAGAGUCCGUUCCGGAGUCCCAUGCGUAGUCCAUUUCGUAGCCCUUUCAAGAAUUUUGGGCACCCAGGAGGAAGGACUAUUGAUUUUGACUGUGAAGAUGAUGACAUGAAUCUAAAUUGUUUCAUCCUCAUGUUUGAUCUUCUCCUAAAGCAGAUGGAGUUACAAGAUGAUGGCAUCACGAUGGGUUUGGAGCACAGCUUGUCAAAGGACAUCAUUUCUAUCAUCAACAAUGUCUUCCAGGCCCCCUGGGGGGGCUCCCACAGCUGCCAGAAGGACAAAAAGGCGAAAGAGUGUAACUUGUGCCAGUCUAGUAUCCUCUGCUACCAGCUGGCUUGUGAGCUCCUGGAGAGGCUAGCUCCCAAAGACGAAAGCCGGCUGGUGGAGCCCACAGACAGCCUUGAAGAUAGCCUCCUUUCUUCCAAACCAGAGUUCAUUAUAGGGCACGAGGGAGAGGAGGAGGAGAACCCAGCAGCCAAGCAUGGAGAGAAUCCAGGCACCCGUACAGCGCCCUCAGAAAAUGCUGCAAUAAAGAACGACACGGAAAGAAAAUUUUGCUACCAACAGCUUCCAGUAACGCUGAGACUAAUAUAUACCAUUUUCCAGGAAAUGGCUAAGUUUGAAGAGCCAGACAUUCUUUUUAAUAUGCUCAAUUGCUUAAAGAUUCUCUGUCUGCAUGGAGAGUGUUUAUACUCUGCGAGGAAAGACCAUCCUCAGUUUUUAGCCUACAUCCAGGACCACAUGUUGAUUGCAAGCCUGUGGAGAGUCGUCAAGUCCGAGUUCUCUCAGCUGUCCUCAUUGGCAGUCCCUCUCCUUCUUCACGCUCUGUCCCUUCCUCAUGGUGCUGACAUAUUCUGGACAAUCAUAAACGGCAACUUCAACAGCAAAGACUGGAAGAUGAGGUUUGAAGCAGUGGAAAAAGUAGCUGUCAUUUGUCGGUUUUUGGAUAUUCACUCAGUGACCAAAAACCACCUGCUGAAGUACUCACUGGCACACGCCUUCUGCUGCUUCCUGACAGCUGUGGAGGAUGUGAACCCUGCAGUUGCCACCAGAGCAGGUCUCCUGCUUGAUACCAUAAAGAGGCCAGCACUGCAGGGUCUCUGUCUCUGCCUUGACUUCCAGUUUGACACUGUGGUUAAAGACCGCCCCACCAUCCUGAGCAAGCUUUUACUCUUGCAUUUCCUUAAGCAAGAUAUCCCUGCUUUGAGCUGGGAGUUCUUUGUCAACAGAUUCGAGACACUUUCUUUAGAAGCUCAGCUGCAUCUGGAUUGUAACAAAGAAUUUCCCUUUCCUACAACCAUCACCGCUGUGAGAACCAACGUUGCCAACCUCAGCGAUGCUGCAUUGUGGAAAAUCAAGAGGGCACGCUUUGCAAGAAACCGGCAGAAGAGUGUACGGUCUCUGAGGGACAGCGUGAAGGGGCCCACAGAAUCCAAGAGGGCGCUCUCCCUCCCUGAAACCCUGACCUCCAAAAUCCCUGUGAGGUUGACCAGGCAUGAGCAGUCUGCUCCAGCUCUCGGUGGGACACCUGAACAGACGCCAGGACAACAGUCUCCUGAGAAUGACAACACCAUCAAGGACUUGCUCCCAGAAGAUGCUGGAAUUGACCACCAGACAGUCCACCAGCUGAUUACAGUGCUCAUGAAGUUCAUGGCCAAGGACGAGAGCAGUGCGGAGUCAGACAUCAGCAGCGCCAAGGCCUUCAACACUGUCAAGAGGCACCUCUACGUUUUACUUGGCUACGACCAACAGGAAGGCUGCUUCAUGAUUGCACCCCAAAAAAUGCGCCUGUCAACAUGCUUUAAUGCAUUUAUUGCAGGCAUUGCCCAAGUUAUGGACUAUAACAUUAACUUGGGCAAACACCUUCUCCCCCUCGUGGUCCAGGUGCUCAAAUACUGCUCUUGUCCUCAACUACGGCAUUAUUUCCAACAGCCACCUCGCUGCUCCCUCUGGUCCUUAAAGCCUCACAUCAGGCAGAUGUGGUUGAAGGCCUUGCUCGUCAUCCUUUACAAGUAUCCAUACCGAGACUGUGAUGUCAGCAAGAUCCUUCUGCACCUGAUUCACAUAACAGUCAAUACACUCAAUGCGCAAUACCAUAGCUGCAAGCCCCAUGCCACGGCAGGACCUUUGUACAGUGACAACAGCAACAUAAGCAGAUACAGCGAGAAAGAAAAAGAAGAAGAUAGUGUUUUUGAUGAAUCUGAUAUUCAUGAUACACCUACUGGACCCUGCAAUAAAGAGUCUCAAACUUUUUUUGCAAGAUUGAAAAGGAUAGGCGGCAGCAAAAUGGUGAAAUACCAGCCGGUUGAAAUGAAUGUUCAGAGAAGUGAAAUAGAACUGGCCGAAUAUAGAGAAACGGGUGCGUUACAAGACAGCGUUCUGCACUGUGUGAGAGAAGAAAGCAUUCAGAAAAAAAAGCUGCGCUCUUUUAAACAAAAAUCUCUUGAUAUAGGGAAUGCAGACUCCCUCUUGUUUACAUUAGAUGAGCAUCGUAGGAAGUCCUGCAUAGAUCGCUGUGACAUAGAUAAACCUCCUGCCCAAGCUGCUUAUAUCGCACAACGGCAAAAUGACCACCAUGGACGCUCUAGACAGAAUUCUGCUACGAGGCCGGACAGUACUGAAAUCCCCAAGAAUCCGGCGACUGAAGGUUUUCAAGAAACACGAAGGCCCGUGAUACCAGAAGUUAGGUUAAAUUGUAUGGAGACGUUCGAAGUGAGAGUUGACUCCCCGGGAAAGUCCGCCCCUAAAGAGGAUUUUGAUCUCAUAGAUUUGUCCUCAGAUUCAACAUCUGGACCAGAGAAACACUCUAUACUCUCAACAUCUGACAGUGACUCUCUUGUAUUUGAGCCUCUCCCGCCUCUCAGAAUAGUAGAAAGUGAUGAAGAAGAUGAGAUGAUGAACCAGGGGAAUGAUGGUUCCUCGGGUAAAAAUGCUGCCUCCUCAUCCUCCAUCCCCAGCCAGCCCUCUGUCCUCAGCUUAAGCACGACUCCUCUUGUGCAGGUCAGUGUGGAGGACUGUUCCAAAGACUUUUCCUCUAAGGACUCAGGAAAUCACCAGUCAGAGAGCAAUGACGACUCGACCAUCACAGCUCUGGACGAGCUCACCGACUCUGAGGAGCUGUCGAAGUCACAGGAGCUGAGAGAGUUUGCCUCUGGCAGUCCACUAACGCUAAAGCAGAAGCGAGACCACCUCCAGAAGUCACCUGCGGUCCCCGAGAUGUCAGUGGACUACAACCCUGACGUUGGCACGGCCGGAGAGAAGGCAGGCCAGACACCAACGUCAGGGGCCAAAACUGUGCUCCUCAAAGUUCCUGAAGAUGCUGAGAGUCCAAUAGAAAGCGAGAAGCCCAACUCGAGCACUGAGUCCGAUACAGAACAGAACCCUGAAAGGAAGGCAGAGGAGGAUGGGGCUGAGGAAUCAGAGUUUAAGAUUCAGAUCGUUCCCAGACAGAGGAAACAAAGGAAGAUUGCCGUCAGCGCUAUCCAGAGAGAGUACCUCGACAUCUCCUUCAACAUUCUAGACAAACUGGGUGACCAGAAGGACCCAGAUCCGUCUGCUAAAGGACUUUCAACAUUGGAAAUGCCACGGGAAUCUUCAUCUGCCCCUACAUUAGAAGCAGGUGCCCCCGAAACAGGCAGCCACUCGUCAAUAUCAACUCAGUAUAGGCAGAUGAAAAGGGGAUCUCUGGGAGUUGUGACAAUGAGCCAGUUAAUGAAGCGACAGCUGGAGCAUCAGUCUAGCGCCCCCCAUAACAUCAGCAACUGGGACACCGAACAGGUACAGCCCGGGAAACGCCAGUGUAACGUGCCAAUGUGCCUAAACCCCGACCUGGAGGGACAGCCGCUGAGAACAAGAGGCGCCACUAAAUCUAGCCUGCUGUCAGCACCCAGCAUAGCCAGUAUGUUCGUGCCUGCACCCGAGGAAUUCACGGAUGAGCAGCCGACGGUGAUGACGGACAAAUGCCAUGACUGUGGGGCCAUUCUUGAAGAGUACGAUGAAGAAACCCUGGGACUAGCCAUCGUGGUCCUCUCCACAUUCAUCCACCUGAGCCCAGACUUGGCGGCCCCGCUGUUGCUGGAUAUCAUGCAGUCUGUGGGAAGGCUCGCAUCCAGCACUACCUUUUCUAAUCAAGCAGAAAGCAUGAUGGUUCCUGGCAAUGCAGCAGGUGUGGCCAAGCAGUUCCUUCGCUGUAUCUUCCAUCAGCUGGCACCCAAUGGCAUCUUCCCUCAGCUAUUCCAGAGUGCCAUCAAAGAUGGAACUUUUUUACGGACCUUAGCCACAUCGCUCAUGGACUUCAAUGAGCUGAGCUCAAUUGCUGCCCUCAGUCAACUCUUGGAGGGUCUAAAUAACAAAAAGAAUUUACCAGCAGGGGGUGCUAUGAUCCGCUGUUUGGAAAACAUUGCCACGUUCAUGGAAGCUCUGCCUAUGGAUUCUCCUAGUAGCCUCUGGACCACAAUCAGCAACCAGUUUCAGACAUUUUUUGCCAAGCUGCCUUGUGUUUUGCCUCUGAAGUGUUCUUUGGAUUCCAGUCUGAGAAUCAUGAUCUGCCUCUUGAAGAUACCUUCUACCAAUGCCACGAGGAGUUUGUUGGAACCAUUUUCCAAGUUACUCAGCUUCGUCAUUCAGAAUGCAGUCUUCACUCUGGCCUACCUGGUGGAGCUGUGUGGCUUGUGCUAUCGAGCGUUCACCAAGGAACGGGAUAAAUUCUACCUGUCUCGGAGUGUUGUUCUGGAACUUCUCCAGGCCCUGAAGUUCAAGUCUCCAUUGCCAGAUACAAACCUCCUGCUUCUUGUCCAGUUUAUUUGUGCAGAUGCUGGAACUAAGCUAGCUGAGUCCACCAUUCUGAGCAAGCAGAUGCUAGCCUCCGUGCCUGGGUGUGGGACAGCAGCGAUGGAUUGCAUACGGCAGUACGUCAGCGAAGUGCUGGACUUCAUGGCAGACAUGCACACCCUAACCAAGCUCAAAAGCCACAUGAAGACGUGCUCCCAGCCUCUGCAUGAGGACACCUUCGGUGGUCAUCUCAAAGUUGGCCUGGCUCAGAUUGCAGCUAUGGAAAUCUCCAGGGGCAACCACAGAGAUAACAAGGCUGUGGUUCGCUAUCUGCCUUGGCUCUACCACCCUCCUUCCGCCAUGCAGCAAGGACCUAAAGAAUUCAUCGAGUGUGUCUCCCACAUCCGGCUGCUGUCCUGGCUGCUCCUGGGGUCCCUCACCCAUAAUGCAGUCUGUCCCAAUGCCUCCUCCCCCUGCCUUCCAAUACCUCUGGAUGCAGGUUCCCACAUCGCAGACCACCUUAUUGUUAUCCUAAUUGGAUUUCCAGAGCAAUCAAAGACCUGUGUGCUCCACAUGUGCUCCCUCUUCCAUGCUUUCAUCUUUGCUCAGCUCUGGACGGUGUACUGCGAACAAAGUGCCGUGGCAACAAAUGUCCAGAAUCAGAACGAGUUCAGCUUCACAGCAAUACUAACAGCACUGGAAUUUUGGAGUAGGGUGACACCCAGCAUCCUUCAGCUGAUGGCUCACAACAAAGUGAUGGUAGAAAUGGUGUGUCUCCAUGUGAUUAGCUUAAUGGAGGCAUUGCAAGAAUGCAAUUCAACCAUUUUUGUCAAGCUGAUCCCUAUGUGGUUGCCAAUGAUUCAGUCAAACACCAAGCACUUAUCCGCCGGCCUCCAGCUUCGUCUCCAGGCCAUCCAGAACAACGUGAACCACCACAGCCUAAGGACGCUGCCCGGCUCGGGCCAGAGCAGUGCUAGCCUAGCUGCCCUCCGCAAAUGGCUGCAGUGCACCCAGUUCAAGAUGGCCCAGGUGGAGAUCCAGUCCUCAGAAGCAGCCUCUCAAUUCUAUCCUCUAUGAGUGGACUCCUGGGCUCCAGCGUCAACACUCUGGCUUAGCAAUAAUGGGUAUAAAAACAAACAAUUUGAUCCAAGCAGGUUGGGGAACACUGGUACUGUACAUUCUCUUUCUAGUUUAGUAUAAAGACGUGCAAAGGCCGGAGAGGGCCACAAACGAAGCUUUCUUGCUACACGUAUUUCUGAUGACUCCUUGGGCUAUCUGAUUAAGUGUUUCCUUACAUUAUUUUUUAAGAAAAAAAAAACCAAAUCAUUUUUCUUUAUCUAACUUCUAUUUUUUUUAAGAAAAAAUAAAAAAAAAACAGACUGGUGGGUACUCACAGAAAAGUUGUAUAAAGCCCCCUGUUGCUAUUUUUGAUGAUAGAGAAUAAAUAGGGUUUUUGAAACCUUUGUAGUGUUUUUUCUUAAAACUCUACUCUUGGCAAUGCAAUAAAGCAAAACAAAAGCAUACAAAAGUCACCAGAAUCCAGUGACACCUGACCGAAGCUUUUUGCCAUUUGUCAUUAUCCUGGGAAGAGGCAGCUUGCUAGGAACAUUACAAAGUGCACUUAGAAAUUAGACGGUUAAUCUGUGCCAAUUGUUUUUUUUUUAUUUUAAUAUACUUUCCAAAACUGUCUGGUAAGUCAUUUUAUUAUUGUUGUUGUUAUUAUUAUUGGUUUUUGUGAGACUUGAGACAGGGUUUCUCUGUGUAGCCGUGGCUGUCCUGGAACUAGCUCUUGUAGACCAGGCUGACCUCGAACUCACGGAGAUCCUCCUGCCUCUGCCUCCUGAGUGCUGGGAUAAAAGGCAUGAGCCACCAUGCCCAGCUUAGUCUUACUGUUUUUAAAACUAAUUUUUCAACUCAUUAGUUCCUGGAUGUGUUUUCCUCUAAGCUUUUAUGAUAACUUUUUUAGAUUUGUGAGUAGUGGAUUUUAUGCUUUUGUUAACACUUGGAUAGGGCUCCAUUCAAAACUGUAGACUGCACAGGGGACCAGAGGAGUCCCCGCACUGGCACAGAGCACCACUGCUGGAGUUACUUUUCAGUUACUUUUCAGAAAGUGGAAUUUUAAUCGCGGAAGAGCACCGAGGUUUAUGUGUGGUCACACCUCAGCAGUUGACCAGAUUCCCGGAGCUCUUCUCUGCCCUCUAAUGCACUGACAGAGAAGGCGGAGUAUACACUAAAGCUGUAAGCUGACAGGCGAUUCGAUGCAUUUUUACUAUCUUUCUGAGCCUGGGCUUUUUUAAAACUCACCUCCAGGGCUAGCAUUUAGUUCCUGACAACCAUCUCUUCAGGGCUUUUGUAGCUCCUCACCUCCUCUAAGGCUGCAAUUACUCAUUCAGACAAGGGCAUCCCUCCUUAUCUACUCCAUUUUCUGGUGAGGACCUUGAACGCACAAGAUAAUAUCCCCCUUUAAAACUAGUUAGUUAGCAAGAGCCUCUUUUCUUCUGGGAAGUCUGAAGCAUUUCUGGGGGAAAAUGAGUCCUCAGGUGUGGGCGUGCUCCAGCGAGGACCAGAGGUUGGUGCUUCUGAGAGCGCAGGGAGCCUUUUGUGGCAAGAGUGCCAAAGUGAUUCUUUUGUAUCAGAUUCUCACAAAAGGUCCUCUUGAGUAGUCUGAACCCUCCUCUGCCCCCAGUCCUUCGUGGCUGUUUCUGUGAAUAUUCUGUGCACAUAUUUGUUUACUUGUAAACGGUGACAGGCUUGGGGCAUGUGCCAUCCCCAGAGUUUGGCACAUAGUACACAUUUAAUAAUAUCUGCUGAAUUGAAUGCUUUUCUUUUCUCUUUCUCUCUCUUUUCUUUCUCUCUUUUCUUUCUUCUCUUCUUCCUCCUCCUUUUUCUUUUUCCUCCUCCUCCUCCUUCUCCUCUUCUUCCUCCUCUUCCUCCUCCUCCUCCUUUUUCUGCCUAGUGGCCUCAUCCAGGACUGAACUGUCACAUUCUGCUUCUGUUAAAAGAUUCCUAGAACAGGCUACCAGCUGGAGGGGAUGUCCUAACUCCUCUUUCGGGGAGUCAUUUUGCUGACUCCCCAUCCAAGCUCAGCUAUAGGCCCCAAGCAAUCUAGAUCUUAGUAGCCACAUCCUAUCCAUAGACAAUGUCAGUUUCUUCUCCAACUUGUCUUUGCCCCGAUUCUUUAAACAGGUUUCUGCCCCUACUUCUCCUGGUGUUUGUAUCCUAGUAAGAGCUGGAGAUGAACCCUGUGAUCUAAUCCCAGUUGCCCCCACUGGCAUGCUCCCACACACCUUUCUCCUUGCCCUGGGGGACUGUGACCACUUUAACUCUGUCCCUGUGGUCAGUAUACUGUCACUUCACUGAUUGAUAGAGGUCCAUAAAUUACUUUGCCUAUUCUGUGUCCACAGAUGCCACUAUCUUCCUGGUUCUUUAUGUCAGCCAUCCAGACUUGAGCUCGGGUACUUAGAAGGUAGGAAGAGACGGGGCAUUUUUAACAGGAUUGCCCAUGGAGAAAAGCUGUCCGUGUAGGCCAAGGACAAGCAAACUAAAGUUACAGUCUAGAUACAGUCUACAGGCCAUAGACUACCCACAGGCUAGCUGCUGCCCACGGGCCAGAUACUGACUACAGGCUAGAUAUAAGUUGUAGUUCACAGAUUAGCUACUGUCCACAGGCUAGCUGCUGCCCACAGGCUGGGUACUGUCCACGGGCCAGAUGCUCUCCGUGGCCUGUUUGAAUGUGAUUGGACAAACCAUAGCUCGCAUGUGGACUGUGGCUACUCUUGUGUUAGCAUUACAGAGCUGGGCUGCAAUGGGUACUGUAGGCCAGAAAGCUUCUUAGCACAGCCACCAUGUGGCCCUUCAGAAUGUAUGCUGACCCUUGUCCCUGCAAAGGCCACCAAAGAGCACUGGGCUGGAAGCCCAUUACCUCAGGAGGCUUGGGAUUUCAUUAUUAGUGUUUCCUCGUCUGUUAAAUGGGGACAAUGGCACAUUCUACCUCACAGGGUUCUUAAUGCAAAAAAAGAAAAAUGAUAAAAGGGUAAAAAUUUUAAUGAAGCUUAGGGAACUCAGGAAAUGAUUAGUUUUAUUCUUGCUAAAACUUAGAGAGGCAAGGAUGCUCACCCAAGGUCACAUCUCCCACAUUAACUUACGCUACAUGUACCCCACACCAAGUCCAGAUGGCAGCCAAGAAAGCAAGGGCAAAAUGCCACCUGACCCAGGUGUGGCAAGCACUAGCGGCUUGGAGAAGGUUAAGAAGUCACCCAGUUUUCCUGCCCUUGGAGAAGGAUGACACUGGCUUUAGUGCCAUCAGGUCACUCUGAGAUGCCCAAGAGUGUCAUGGGCCCAAUCCUUCCUGUACAAAGACUGUUCUCAAUGAUUUGUCAAGCAGGUAUGCCUCUUACUAGUUGGUUGACCUUGGAUGAAUUAUUGUGUCUGGACCUCUGUUUUCUCUCUCUGUAAAAUGGGUCUUUCCAUCAAUCCUGGGGUGAUGGACAAUCCAGCGGGCAGAGGACUGUGAUGCUGCUGGGACCACGGGAAUCCAGGGACCCCUGGAGGACAGUUGCCACCCUCCAAGGACACAGAAGAGGGCAGCUCACAGCUGCAGGCUUCUUUGGUUUUCCCUUGAACCAGUGCAGCUGAGUCAAGAUCUGGAAGACCAUGGUUUUUUGUUGGCAGUUCCCAGACUCCACUGUUUGUCGUUCCCUUGUAAGCCAUUGUUCUGCCACACGCUGAGACUUCCAGCCAUCUCUUCCCUAAGAGCUUCCUCUAAGGCCAAGUGGUUACAACAGCUCCAUCUCCAUUGUCAAGUGACAACAGGACAGAGAAGGCUGGAUCGGUCAGAGAAGAUGGGUUGUCCACCAAGACUCUGAAGAGCUCUGAUUGGAGGACCUCUGCACUCACGGGACAGUGUGGACCCUGUACUCUUCUCUAAUGGGAACAGUUUGCAAAUAUGUGUACUGGACAAUGACCUGCUUUGACAGUAAGGGUUCUUGUGCAGAAUGGACUGGAUGGAACUCAUUGCAUGGUAUAAAACCAGGGUGUUGUGAAGGGUGACCCAUGAUCAUGGCUGGGGUGUGGAAGAAAGGUUGGCCAGUUCCUUCCACAGCUAAGGAGCAAGCAGUGAACUUAUAGGGCGGACCUUCAAGGGAAGCCAUGGAAGCCACUGCCUGUUGCGUGUCUACAAGUUUCCAAGUUCCUUCUAGACUUUACCCUGACUCUCCUGCCUGCAGCAAGUGUUGAGAUGCUUCCCAUUUCUGCAGUUAGAAUACCGGCGGCCCCUGAGUUAAGUGUGUGCCCUGGGCCACACAGCUGGCAGUGGCUUACCCUGAAGGCUGUAAGUCCCCACGUAAGAGCUUCACUAGAAAUCGCUUGUUUGCUCCUUGGCUGAGCUGUGUCAGAGCAUGGGCUAGAGAAGUCUGGGUACAGCACGUUCCUGAGGUAUUUCCGUUUACUGACUGCAUUCUGUUUUCUAUUCCCGCCCAGAUAGCAACCUCAUCUGACAAAGGUGUCUUCCCUCUGUCUUUGGGAAUAAUUUCUGUGUAAAAAAAUUAUAGAUCACAACUUGAUUCUCAUUUAGUUUGCCAAUUACUAUAAUAUUUUAUAUUAUAUAUAUAUACAUACAAAUAUAUAAUGAAUUUGUCUACAAGGGAGAUUGAGGCAGGAGAUUCACAAGUUCAAAGCUAGCCUGAGUAACUUAGGUCCUGUCUCUAAAUAAAAAUCAAAAGGACUUGUGUAGGUCAAUGGUAAAAUGCCUGUCUAGUACGUGCAAAGUCCUGGGUUCGAUCCCUCAUGACACAAAAUUAUUAAGAAGAAAAAGAGUAAAUGUGUACGAGCUGAAGAUUGCAGUGAUGAGCUCUUCAGUUUGGAAUCCUACUGAGUGGGAUUCACUCCAUUCUGAAAAGACCUGCCCCUAAUUAAUUGUACCCACAGAUAGUGUCGACAAAGGCUAACUACAUGUUUUGUGCUUUUAAUGUAAUGAUGUCAUUUAACCUUCACAACGGUUAAAUUAGGAUAGGCACUCCUAAUCCCUUACCUAUGAACCUUCCAUCAGAGAUGAGGAGAAGGAAGCUUGGGAUGUGUUUUCCUCCCGCAACCUCAGUUGCUACACUACAGAGACUAGCAGCUAGACACUAGGAAGGCGCUUUCCUACCCUCUGACACACAAGACAAUUAGAACUAUUCAGAUCCAAAGGCACCAGCGGGCAGCCUGCUGUAGUGCCCUUUGUGUGAUGAGUUUGCUGUUUUAUUUCUUCUUUUGAUUGGUGUACCUGUGAUUGAAAACCAUGUGGUUCCCCAGCAUGGUCUAGCUCCCACCACUGAUCUGGCCUCACAUGGUCUAGCUCCCACCACUGAUCUGGCCUCACAUGGUCUAGCUCCCACCACUAAACUGGCCUCACAUGAUCUAGCUCCCACCACUAAACUGGCCUCAUAUGGUCUAGCUCCCACCACUGAUCUGGCCUCACAUGGUCUAGCUCCCACCACUGAUCUGGCCUCACAUGGUCUAGCUCCCACCACUAAACUGGCCUCACAUGGUCUAGCUCCCAUCACUAAACUGGCCUCACAUGGUCUAGCUCCUACCACUGAUCCGGCCUCCGUGUCAGAACCAACACCACGACCUCUGAACAGCAAUCCUGUGGUCUCUGAGCUGGUCCCUGGCCUGGCAGCCUUCCCUUGUCUAUCUGCUUACCCUGGAGAGUCUGGGUUUACUGCCCUCGGCUUAGACUGAGCUCUAGCUUAUAGGUCCCAAGAGUCCCUUAGCCAGCAGGGCCAAAGGGCAAAGCAAGGCUUGAGACCAUGUUCUUUGUUCCCCAUUGGCCCCCAUGUUCCUGGUUGGCAUCAUUCCUCUGCUGCUGCUGGGGGCUGCCAAGAACCCUGUCUCUCAGUGUGGCUGACAGCAACAGCCCAGCACCUUGCUGAAUUCUUCCAUCGAGAAGGUGAGGUAAGGUGGGUAUGCUGAAGUGAGCCCAUGGUGCCAGCUGCCCUCUGCAAGGUGCACAGGUGACUUGAGGCUUUGGUUAUUUCAGGAACAAAUCACUUUUUAAUUACACAGCCUAGACAGGUCCUUGUGGGCCAGUGGAGAAGGGUACCUCCUGGGGCUGUCUGGCUGUCACCUUGAUUUCCACCCCUUCAAGAGGCCACUUAGAAAAGAGAGGAAUCGUGGGUAAUGAAGCCAAAGGAUGGUUGCACUUUUCAGGUAAGGACAGUCACACUGCCCAGGGGAGGGGGCAGUGCAGAGCUAGAGACAGAUGGGGUGUGAGCACGAGGCAGGCAGCAGGGUA